UGGAGUCCGUCGAGCAUGUUAUGGUGCAUUUUCGCGGGUUUUAUUUACAUCUGUGUUCGUGGAGACGUGGACUGUUAGAGCAAUUUUUGAUUACUGUAUUUGACGCGGCACAUGUAUCAGUAUGGAAAAAUUCAUCACCUCGUAUUUCUUCCCGCUGAAAAAUUGUCCAUGUUUGCCGAUCGAACAGCGCAUGGGCCGUGGGCGCUCCGAUUCCAGCAAGACUCGAGAUUUUUCGCAUCACUUCCGUGCGUGUUUUAUCAUCCCAGUUGCACGGCGUCUUCUGCCAGAGGUUGACGCUAGUCAUAACAGUACCGUGAGUGAAUCACCAAACGUAUUCAGAAACAGCAUCAACACAUGGACUUCUUUUUUCUGCUACGAAAAUUUCCAUGAAAGAGAGUCAGAUACUUUUCAGUUCCAGAGUUUCAUUACACGGAGGACGACCUUCUAGGGCUCUGCUUCUGAACCAUCGAUAUUGCGUGUUUGUGAUCGACAGUGAUGCACGAUGUAACGAUGAAGCCAGUGCGAAUCAACGACAAUGGCGCCUUUUCUGCCACGAAGAUAUUACUACUUUUCAUCUGCGCCUCGAUCACAGUCCAGUGCUUCUCGGUCAGUGCCGCCUCCAUUCCUUGGACGUCAGCCGGCCCCGGUCGAGUGGUAAGGACCAAACAUGGAAACUUACGUGGAUUGACACUUCCGGGGGGUGCUGCUCAACCACAAACAACAACCGCUUUACCAGGAGGACAUCGUAAAUCCGUUGGUGGAAGCAACAACAAGAACGUGGAGGCGUUCCUGGGAAUUCCUUACGCUGCUCCGCCAGUUGGUUCUCUGCGCUUCCUACCACCAGCGAGUCCUGGCCCAUGGACGGGCAUUCGAUCAGCAAACGCUCUACCGCCAGCUUGUCCCCAGCAGCUGCCACCCUUGGCCAACAGAACGGCCAGUCUGGAGACGAUGCCUCGAGCUCGCUAUUACCAACUCAAGAGGAUGCAGUUGCUGUUGGCCAAUCAGAGCGAAGAUUGCCUCUACCUCAACGUUUACGCCCCAUCUGAAGGAUUUGCUGGUGGUGGAUCGACUUCGCUUGCGUCAUCGCCCGUCAUGGUCCUCGUUCACGGCGAGUCCUACUCCUGGGGUGCCGGGCACUUGAUGGAUGGCGCAAUGUUGGCCGGAAAAAGUCGCAUGGUCGUUGUCACCCUCAACUACCGUCUUGGCAUUUUAGGAUUCCUACAAACGGCAGCCAGUCCGACUCCAGGCCAAGUGCGCGGCAAAAGCAAAAGUGCCAUCCCGACGCAAGGCAAUUACGGCUUAUUGGAUAUAGUGGCGGCUGUGCUGUGGCUGAAGGACAACAUCGGCGUCUUUGGCGGCGACUCGAGUCGCAUCACGUUGAGUGGCCACGGAACGGGCGCUGCCCUCGUCAAUCUUCUCAUGAUCUCGCCCAUUGCAGCCGGUCUGUUCCAGCGGGUUGUGCUGAUGUCCGGCUCGGCGUUGAGUCCGUGGGCUUUGAAUCAUCAGGCCGGCAAGUUGAAGGCAGAAGUGGCCCGCCAGAUGGACUGCGAGCCGUUUGCCGGAUCGGACGGAGCCGCAAGUGCUGAGCAGAUGAGUUUAGCCGACAUUGGCGACUGCCUACGAAAGAAACCACUCGAAUCCCUCAUGGCCGUCCGCCUUCCGGCGCCUCCGCGAUUCUUCGCAAGUUUCGCGCCUUUCGUCGAUGGCGCCGGGAUCGUCGCCAUCGAUCCGCUUCGCGCCAUGCAAUCGGCGAGCGAGGAUUUCGCUCGCAUCCCACUCGUUGCCGGAGUCACUUCCAUCGAGAGCUAUCGCUACACUGGGGAUGCGGAUUUACGGAACGGGAUCAGCGAAGACAAACGGGAUCGUUCGCUGCGCACUCUGAUCCGCAACUUUUACCAGUACCAUCUCAAUGAAAUCUUUUACGUCUUGCGGAACGAGUACACGGAUUGGGAUCGUCCGUCGGCGCUGGACGACUUGUCGAUGCGCGACAGCCUGUCGUUGGCACUGAGCGACGCCCUGGUGGUGGCCCCACUCAUGCACGUCGUUCACCUGCACGCCCAGCGAUCGACAAACCCGUCGGGGACCUUUUUCUACCACUUCCAGGGGCAAAUGUUGGCCAGCGUCAUCCAACAGCAGGUCCAAGACGUCGACCUUUCCGAGUAUCACCGUCUAGGAAGCGUGACGGGUGACGAACUGGAAGCGCUGCAAUUGGACGCCACAGCCAACGGAGCUUCGUGGUCGUCGGCCGACGGUAAUAACCACGAAGCAGCGAGCAGCGCCGGUUACACGGUCAUCAACGUGACGGAAACCACAAGAGAACCGACAACAUCAGGCACUCAGCUCCUCCCAUUUCUGGCGUCUUUUGCUAGCACGGGGCAAAGAGGAAGGUCAGCUCGCAGCUCCGAAACUAACAGAACGGAUUUUUUUGUCUUUUUGUUUUUGCCGCUCUUUUGCCCGCCCAUGACGCGCAGGGAUCCUAAUUUGGAGAUCGGAAGCAAAGGAGAGCUGAUGCCGCGAUCCAAACUCCGGUGGGAGCCAUUCAAUUUACAUUCGCAAUACUACAUGGUCUUUGGAAAACAACAGCAACAACAGCACGCCCAUUUGAAGACUCACUACCGGGGUCACCAGAUUGCCGUCUGGCUGCAACUGAUUCCGUCGUUGCAUCAGACAAGUGGCGAUGGAACCGGAACUCAUCCGUCCAUUCAUCACACAUUCGAUCAGCAUAACACUCCAGCUGACCAAUUUUACGAAGGAGUCGUUCGGUUGUCCGGCAACAACAUUACUAGAACGAUUGGACGGUCCCGGGAUUCCCCGCUGACGUCGGACGAGGAUCCAGUUGCCACCAGCGCAACAGUGGUCGAGUGUAGCAGUUCCGUCAACGGUCACAAGCGAAAUGGUCACAACCAGACGCUUAACGGCACAUCACCAGGAACGGGGGAUUGGACAAUAGUGAAACCAAGUGUAAUGGCGUCGGAGACGGGCUCUUCUUCUUCCACUGUUCCGUCGCCGGGGAAUAAUAACAACAGCACAUCUGUCAGCGUUGCUGGAGGAGAAAGUCGGCUGGUGUUGGGUUUCUUUUGGACCAACCAGGCGACGCUGAGCAUCAUCUUGGUGCUGGGAAAUAUUUUGCUGAUUGUUAACUUGAUUCUCUUCGUCACCAUCUAUCGUCGCAGUCGGUGCGGCAAUUGCAAACGAAACGGCGACGACAACGACUUAGACACAGAAAAUACCAUCCAAAGAAUAUCGGACGGCCAGUUGGAGGGUCGAGUGGCGAGGCAAUCGAUUGAAUCGAUGACCGAUUUGCGCCAGUUGGUCAUCAGCCAUUGCCACCAGCAUCCGCGUAAUCAUCCGGAUAUCACGUCACAAGCACUCGGUCAACAACAUCCUCCUCCUCCUCCGCAACAACCGCUUUUCGCCAGAGGGGUCGUUGCGUCUAACUUGACGACCAGCACCAGGUUGCCGUCUCCUCAACCUUUUCUGCUCAGAGUUCCAUCAUCUCAUCAUCAGUUUUUGCUGGACGAGAGCAAUAAAAGCGCAACUUUACCCGGCAACAGAAGAGUAGGUGGGCGAGACCUGCCAGAUUCUUCAGCGACUUAUCAGCAAGCGAGUGCCAAAUCAAUUCAAGAGAUUAACGUGUAAUCAAUUAAUUCUGUGGAGGUAUCAGUAAGACUUUGAUUGUUUGAGCCUGCUAAAUGACCGAUAUAUGUUGUAAACUGUUUCACUUCUACCGUGUUCCAAUAAAAAAUGUGAUACAGUUCCCGAAUUUGUAGAAAUUCAA